ACUCUUCCUCCGCGCAGAAAUUUCACUUGUUCUAUCUUCACCUGAUUGAAUUUGCCCUCAGACGCUAUCAACGAAGUUGGGGCCGAACCGUGCGGCUCAUCUCCAAAAGUUUUGUCGGUUCGCUAUUACCCCGCCAUUACCAAAGACCCACUUCACCCCAGAACAAGUCCUCAAAACAUCUACACAACACAAAUCGCAAAAAUUAUCAACAUGGCCCCUCCUCCAGCACCCGGCGUAUGGUGCCCCGCUGUAACUUUCUAUGACUCAACCACCUUUCACCUAGACCUCGCCGCACAAGAGCAAUACUUCACUUAUCUCUCCAAAUCCGGAUUGACUGGUCUCGUGAUCCUGGGGUCAAACGCUGAAGCCUUCCUCCUGAAACGUGAUGAGAAGAUUGCUCUGGUCAAAGCUGCUAGAGCGGCGGUUGGGCCCGAUUACCCGUUAAUGGUAGGCGUGAGUGGGUUCAGUGUGCCGCAGGUGUUGGAAAAUAUCCAGGAUGCUGUGGCUGCGGGUGCAAAUUAUGGGUUGCUCCUGCCGGCGGCGUACUAUGGAGCUGCUACAAGCAAGGAGGUUAUAAAGGGGUUUUAUGAAGAGGUUGCGAAGAAGAGCGAGUUGCCGAUUGUCAUCUACAAUUUCCCAGCUAUCUGCAACGGUGUAGACCUCGACUCGGUCACCAUCGCGGAACUCGCAAAACAGAAUGCAGGGAAGAUUGUCGGUGUUAAGCUCACAUGUGGGAGUGUAGCUAAAAUCACUCGACUGUGCGCAGAGCUACCAUCGGAGUCGUUCUCAGUGUAUGCUGGGCAGGCUGACUGGUUGGUUGCUGGGCUAGCAGUUGGAAGUGCAGGCUGCGUUUCAGCAUUCAGCAACGUAUUUCCUAAAGUAUGCUCCAAGAUCUACGAGCUAUACACUAGCGGCAAAACCAAAGAGGCGCUGGAGUUGCACCGCAAGGCCGCCUUAGCAGAAAACCCGAUCAAAGCCGGUAUCGCGCCUACGAAACAUGCUGUUAGCCAGUACACUGCAAAAGCGGCGGGAAUCGAAGGCGCAGAAGAAAAAUUGAAGCCACGCCGACCGUACCUUCCGGUUGGUGAGGCCGUGAAGACGAGUGUGAAGAGUGCAAUGGAUGAGUUGGCCGGAAUCGAGAACAGUCUUUAAACUGGGACAUGGAUAUGAACCGAACAAAUACCGUAUUUUGAAUCAAAGCGAAGAUCCAUUCAAUACAUGUAUUGGGAGGAUUGUUUCGUAAAGUGCUAAGCUAUCAACCCUAACAACUAGCAUGUUUGUAGUAUGAAGUAAAGUUUCCAGGGGUCGUAGCAAAAUAUAGCUUUAGAACUGCAAGCGGCAGUCCGCAUCGUACGUCUAUCAACAGUUAGCUAGUUUUAUUGCUCCCGUACAACAGUCGAUUACUCUCCAAUCUAAUCUCCUUUUGACCUACGGUCUAAGCAGAAUUGAGA